AGGCGACUAUCUGCGAUGCUGCAAAUUCUGUUACCCAUUAUGUGCGUUUGUCAUUCUUGCCGCUUGUGUGGUAGCGUGCGUUGGCUUAGUGUGGAUGCAGGUGGCUCUUAAGGAGGAUCUGGAUGCAAUAAAGGAGAAGUUUCGAACUAUGGAAUCUAAUCAAAAGACAUCAUUCCAAGAAAUUCCUAAACUGAAUGAAGAUUUGGUGCAGAAGCAAAAGCAACUAGAACAAAUUGAGACUGGAGAACUGGGGCUAACUAAAAUUUGGAUAAAUAUUACAGAGAUCAAUAAACAGAUAUCACUAUUGACCUCAACAGUAAAUCAUCUCAAAAACAACAUAAAGUCUGCUUCUGAUCUGAUUUCUCUUCCUCUCACAGUAGAGAAACUUCAGAAGACUGUAGCGAACAUCGGUAGCACGCUUACGAGUGUUUCUCAUGAUGUUGAAAAUAUACAGACAGCUAUUGAAGAAUUCAAGAAAUCCAUAGAAAUACUCCAGAAUGAUGUGAAGGAAUUAAAACAGAUAUCUUCACUUCCCUCCACUGUUGUACCAAGGACUGAGAGAAAUCAGACAGAAAUUUGCAAAAAGGAAAGCCAGUCACUGCAUAUAGCUUUGGAAGAGCUAAACAAUACUGUAGUGGUGUACCAAAAGUUGAAUGACGUAAAGCUUCUAAAUGUGGACUCAGCCAUUGGUAACCUUAGCCAGAGGGUUAUGCUGUUAGAAAACUCUCCCCUUGCUGUGAAUAAUCUGGACAAAAGAGAGAACUUGUCUACCAGUGUGGAUGCAACUACCUCUCUAAAAGUGGAAAAUGAAGAUCAACUAGAUAAUGCAACUCUUUCAAAUAAAGAAACAAAGGAAACAGAAACUAGAGAUUCUCAGGUAUUAAAACUAAGAGAGAAGCUUCAGCUGAUCAGCGCUCUCACAGGCAAGCCGGAAAAUGACAGACCCAUUGAGACAUCGAAGAAUGUUGAAAGUAGUCUGAGUACUACAGCAAAGCCCACAGACCUUUCCAGGCUGGCUUCAAGGUCAGCUGAUGACAACACAGAGAGUAAUGGACAGCUGAGACAUCUGUCCUUACCAGGAGUUUCCAGCAUCCAAGAUCUUCAGAAUUUGUUUGAAAAAGCAACUGAAGAUGCUGAUGGAAAACUAUCAUAUGAAGAUCUUCAAAAGCUGCUUGGCUCUACAGCCCAAGAGUCACAGAGCUUUAAGAAAUUCGAUACAGAUGGAGAUGAGAAAUACUCAUUGCAAGAACUGAGAUUAGCAUUAGGUGUAUAGGAUAUAUAUUUAGAAAUGUGAUACUGAUGGAUGCUACUGUAGCUAAAGGAAACUAUGGGACAUGAAAAACUAUGUCUGCACUUUCCCAGCGUUUUACUGAUCUUUGGAGCUAAAUUACUGUACACAUUGCCACCUCUUUAUUUCAUUUGCAUUUAUUGAGAAGAAAUUCACAAAUUUAUGUCAGUAGGACAUAUUAUUGGGACUGUGUUAAAAUCCAGAAAAUUCCCAAACUUGGAAACAUUUUCCUCUGAUUCUUUCCUUUUCAAGGAAUUUUUGGUUUUAAUUUAAAAUGUGUUCAUACUAAAAUAAAACUAUGGUUUUAUAUUUCACUAAAAUUUGCCUUAAAUUAGAGUGCUGCACUUUAUGUAGAGCAGAAGGAAGUCUGUCUUGUAAAGAUGGGCUACUUCUGCUUGUAAAUAUUUGAGAUAGAGUAAAUUAUGCAUAUUUAGGGGGAAGUUUGUGUCAGGGGCUGUGUUGGUAGUAAGCUGUUUAUAAUGAGAGACUGAGCCUAAAAGGGGUGGUUAAGAGCUUCAGCUAAAAUUCUAAUUUUGACUAAGUAUAUCCAUGAAUGAGUUUGGACUCAGUCAGCGGAAAGCAGGAGUGGUAAAUCAGGCCCAUCUAUAGCAGGAUUUAUUUUUAGAGGGAAGAGUUGAAAGUGGUUUUAUAUCAUGAGCCUACAGGAGCUACCAAGUGCUUGGGUUUUCACUUCAGCAUUCUUUAGCUUUGCUGUAUUGUGUCCAGAUUACACUUUGUGAGAUAUUUUAAAAAAACAAAGGAAAGUAUUGAAUAACUUUAACAGAUGCUUAAGAGGUAGAAGUCUACAUUGCAACCUGCUGAGUAGCACCUGGAUAGUUCGUGCCUUGGGUACAGUCACUGGUGUGCUGAUGGUCUCACUGACAGGUCACUAGAGAUCUUUGGAACAGGGUUGCUGGUGCAGCUGGUUUCUUCCAUGCACUGUUGUUUGGGUCACUCUGAUGGAGUGUCCAGAGUAAAGCUCCUGGUCUCUAGGAGUGUGAGCAGGUGGUGAAGGCCCAGAGUAGACUUGCGGGUUCUUUCCUGACUAAUGUGAACAUGAUCACUUCUUGGUACAUUUACCUUUUGUGUUCUUGCCAACAGAAGGAUGUAAAAAGCAGGGUGGGUGUAUGCAAUCAUGUCAGCGUUCUCUGCCGACACAUGUUUUGUAAGUGAGGCUUCCUUACUGUGGAGGAAGUUAAGGGUUUGUUAUACUAGUGGAUCUAAACACAGAGAGUGUUUAUGACCUUCUGGAACAUAGAAAAUGGCUUUCGCAAAAAGAAUUCUCUUGCAGGCUAAAUCAGGGCCAAGUUGGAUGAUUUUGCUCACAAAUAUCACUGAUCUUGUUGGGAGUUUUAUGCAUGAUUAGUGAAUUCAAGUUUCCCACCUCACUGAAACAUCAGUUUAUGUGGAAGUCUGUUUAUAACUGACUUUUAUAUAACUUUAGACUGGAUGUUUUAUGAAUAGUUGCAUUCUGUGAGUAUGAAGUAGUGAAGGAAUAUACAAAAUGGAACCCUGUUACCCAUUGCCUAGGCUGCUUUCACUGUUGCUCUUCUAUCCUGUUUGGGUAAUGCAGAUGUGACCCAAUACAGAAAUGCUUUUGAUGUUUGAGAACAAAGUAUUUAAAAACGAAACAAAACCAACCAACCUUGGCUUUUGAGAGGACAAGAAGCCACCACUUGCUUCUUGCCACUUCCCACACCCUUUUAUACACUACUGUAUAAUUCCUUAACCAAAUAAAAAAAAAAAGAGCAAUAAAAUGUAACCAUUCUGGUAUUUUAUUUGUACAUACUGUAUCAUAGCCAUAUGCCAGAGUUUGCAAAAUAUUUUUGGAAGUUUGAUUUGUAUGGAAUUUAAUGUACCUUAAAAUUUAAGGGAUUAUUGUAUUGCUAUGUGAAUCUGUUGGUGUUUUGUUUUGUUGCAGUCUGCUUUACUUUUAGAAGGCUUUUCAACAGCAGGAGUGAAACUGUCAGCUAGAGACAGCCUGUGCUGCUCCAGCUGCCCGUGGCCUCUGCCUGUGGCCCGGAGCUGGGCUGGUCCCUAACUGGCACUGGGGCACAGCUGUCUGCUGGUGCUGCUUAAUUUGCAUGUCAGGAGCAUAGUUAAUUGCUAAUUGCUGUAGUCACUGCUGUUGUAGGAUGGACUUGUACUGUCAGUUUAACAAAUCUGAUCACUCCUGAGCUCAGUGGUUGCUUCUGUUUGGCCUAGGGUAGCCAGUAGCCGUGUGCUGCAGGCUGGGAGCACCUGUCCCUGCGAGUUUUCUGCCAGGCUCUGCUCUCCAUCCCGCAUGCUUCCCAAAGCCCCGGCACUGGGUGUUGCCAGGCUUCCUUCCUCAUCUUUUAUUCACGCUGCAGAUGGCAGAGGGCAUAUAAAAACCUCAGGCGGUGUCAGUGCACUUGUCGGGAUCUGCGUUCUGCUGUAGCUCAUGCCUACAGACUGCAGGCUUCCGGGGGGCGGUUUGGGGCUCAUGUUCAGGCUGUGUUUGUGCCGUUUUGGCAGACCCCUGUGUAGGGGUUUCCGGAGGGGCGGUUCGUGGGUUCAUUUUCAGGCUGUAUUUGUGUUGUUCUGCGUGACCCCUGUGUAGGGACCACUGUGUAACCUUUCAGUGCAGUGACUGACCUUUACAGGGUGCUGCCUGCGCAUCGUGCUCCUACUCCGCGGGUUUGCGCUACGGCACUCCACGCGUGC